ACACGGACACCACCGCGUCGGAGAAGAAGGCCGAACUGAUCCAGCCUCACUUCCAUCCAGUCAGUCGCUCGUGUGGCCACUACCGCAGCGCGUACAUUCAUACAAAACAACCACGCAUGCCAUAGCUAGCCUACAAGCACCACUUCCCCACACAACAGCUCCGUUUCUCGCUUCUUUUGUGUUCCACGGAAUCCACGCCGCCGUCGGACGACACGCAGUCUGUCAGACAUCUGUGUUUAUUUUUUUUUUUUUUGAGAAGGCGAGCCACGGGGAAGAAGAUUUCAAGACGUUGACUUCAAGCAACUGGACAAUCAAACUGUCGUCUCCCUGACCACGCAGUUGAAGGGGUUUCCUGUUUACUGAUCCAUUCAAAAGAGAAAACUAAAGGUGCAGUGGCGCUGAGGCCGCUCUCAGGUCAGGACAAACCCGUCACCAUGGAUAUGGAUGAGGAGGAGAAUAUGACUCCUACCCUUGCACUCCUCCCCUGCACUCCCUCAACCCAACCUACAGUCCCACUCAUGCACACUGCGGCCUCUCUUUCUCCUGAGUACCGCAAGGAGUAACCUAUCAAGCCUUUGCUGAAGGAUGUUAUAAAUGAAAAUUUUUGCCAAUAUUCCAUCCACUUUGCUUACUGGGUUCAGUGAUAUGUGUUCCCUAGCGUAUCUUAUUACAUUAGUUUCAAGCCAGUACUUAAAUAAUUCAAGGUAUUACAUGAAGUAAAACUGUGUGGAUACAAUAUAUGUUGAAUACUCGUGAAUAUAGUCACAUCAAGACUUCAAAGGUUUUUUCACUCCGAACAAUUUUCACAACAUUUGUGUAGUGUUGCAGCCUUUCAGUUGUAAAAAUGAACCCCAAGUACAGAAACAAUUUCAAACCAAAUCAAAACUGAAAAUUUACCCAUUUUAUUUAGCUUGUUGAGUUACUGAAUAUGACUGAUUUACUGGAAAUGAGGAUCUUAAAAUGUCAAAUCAGAUGUGGAUCUCUUAUAAAUCAUCAUCAAAUAUAUCUGUCUCCAUUUAUUCAGGAACACAAAUCAUUGGUUCAGUUCCAAAGAGUGAUAAAGGAAUCUAUAAAUUUUGCAUUUACAAGAUCCUGCAACGAAGGCGUUGUAAGUUACUCUUUCUGGGCACCGCAGGUUCGAGCAGCACUGACGUUAAGGAAAACCGAAACUUGGACAACGUGUCCUGCAAAGACGGGGUGGGUGUGGCCGAGCAGCUCCCCAAUGGAAGUGGUCUGGGCAGUCGAAAACGCCCCCUGGAGGAAGGAAACAAUGGUCACACUCACGCCAAGUUCCGAGCCAAGAAGCGCAAGAAAACGCCAGGACCCAUCCUCCCCAAGAAUGCCCUGAUGCAGCUCAAUGAAAUUAAACCAGGUCUUCAGUACAAACUGCUGUCCCAGACAGGACCAGUCCACGCACCAGUUUUUGUCAUGACCGUAGAGGUCAAUGGACAGACGUUUGAGGGCAUGGGUCCGACCAAGAAGAAGGCUAAAUUGAAUGCGGCAGAGAAAGCUCUGCGUUCCUUUGUUCAGUUUCCCAAUGCCUCUGAGGCACACCUGGCCAUGGGUCGAACACUGACUGUGAACACAGACUUUACUUCCGACCAAGCUGACUUCCCAGACAUGCUCUUCAACGGCUUUGAGACACCAGCUAUACCCGAAGAGCCCUUCUAUGUAGGUUCCAACGGUAGCAGUACUUUAAACUCAGUAGGGGAGUACCCACUGCCCACACCACCUGGCAGCAACCUUGUCCAGGCACCGCUGCCCCCUCCAUCGGCCUUCAGCUCCCCCUGCAGUGGCAAAAACCCUGUCAUGAUUCUCAAUGAACUCAGGCCAGGUCUCAAAUAUGACUUUGUAUCAGAGAGCGGGGAGAGUCACGCCAAGAAUUUUGUGAUGUCAGUGACUGUGGAUGCACAGACAUUUGAAGGCUCAGGGCGCAACAAGAAGCUAGCUAAGGCCCGGGCAGCACAAGCCGCUCUCUCAGCUCUAUUCAACAUGCAACUAGACCAGACACCAUCCAGGCAGCCCAUACCCAGAGAGGGACUACAGCUUCACCUCCCGCAGGUUCUUGCCGACGCAGUCUCUCGACUGGUGGUGGAUAAGUUUAGCGAACUGACAGACAACUUCACCUCCCCCCAUGCGCGGCGGAAAGUUCUAGCAGGUGUCGUCAUGACAACAGGAACGGAUGUAAAGGAGGCGCAAGUGAUUUGCGUUUCAACAGGAACUAAAUGCAUCAAUGGUGAGUACAUGAGCGACCGCGGCCUGGCCCUCAACGACUGCCACGCUGAGAUAAUUGCCCGACGCUCGCUCAUGAGAUACCUGUACAUCCAGCUGGAGUUCUUCCUCAGCAACAGCAAAGAAGAGCAUCAGAAGUCGAUAUUCAUGCAUUGUGACAAAGGAGGCUACAAGUUAAAGGACAAUAUUCAGUUCCACCUCUACAUCAGCACCUCACCCUGCGGAGACGCCCGAAUCUUCUCCCCGCACGAGGCCGGCGUCGAAGACCAAGGAGACAGACAUCCCAAUCGGAAAGCAAGGGGUCAGCUUCGGACCAAGAUCGAAUCCGGGGAGGGCACCAUACCUGUGAGGUCCAGUAACACCAUCCAAACCUGGGAUGGGGUUCUCCAAGGGGAGAGGCUACUCACCAUGUCUUGCAGCGACAAGAUUGCCAGGUGGAACGUGGUUGGCAUCCAGGGCUCCUUGAUGAGUUACUUCACGGAACCCAUCUACUUCUCCAGCAUCAUCCUCGGAAGCCUCUACCACGCCGACCACCUCUCCAGGGCCAUGUACCAGCGCAUUGCCGAUAUCGAGGACCUCCCCCAGCAGUUCACGCUCAACAGACCUCUGCUCAGCGGCAUAAGCAAUGCAGAGGCCAGACAGCCAGGCAAAGCACCCAACUUCAGCGUCAACUGGACCGUGGGCGACCAGGGUCUGGAGGUGAUCAACGCCACCACCGGCAAGGACGACAUGGGCCGAGCCUCCCGCCUCUGCAAGCACGCCCUCUACAGCCGCUGGGUCCGCCUACACUCCAAGCUGUCUUCCGUGUUGCGGAUCAAGGUGCUCAAGCCGGGUUCCUACCACGACGCCAAGCAGGCUGCCGCCGAGUACCACUCUGCCAAGCAGGCGCUCAUCAAGGCCUUCCAAAAGGCCGGCCUGGGGGCUUGGGUCAAAAAGCCCAUUGAGCAAGACCAGUUCACCCUGGGCUCCUGAGGCACUGACUGGAGCCCCCCACCCCUCCACCUCAGAAAUAGAGAGACCCAUGUUAGCAGCCCACCCACAAAGACCCCUUCACCCGUGACACCCCCACCACCCGCCCGACAUUUGCACGCAUUUGCAGCUGUGAACUCGUGGAAAUGUGCAUAGUUUCCUACCCCCCCAAAAAAAAGAAAAAAAAAAAAACACCCAAAUCUCAUCAGGUUCACUCCUUACCGGACUCACCUCAUGAUAUUGCGUGUUUGUUAUUUUUUGCUUUUAACAAGUGUUGGGCUUCCCCAUUGGACUAAAACUGGAAUCCAUGAUUUAUGUUUCUUACGUCUUAGAGAAAGAAAGUAUAUGUUUCUGUUUUGUUUUAGAACGUGUAUUUUACGUUGGGGCAAUGCAUGUAGUUAGAUUAGCCUAUCCUAGCGAUGCGCCGGCGGGCGCCAAAUGACCUAAAGAUGUAGAAAAAGUUGUCAUUUUAAACAUGCAAUGUAGUGCUGGGCAAUUCACUCUCAUAGUUAUAAAAAUGUGUCAUUUGAAUCUUAGAUAUUUGAUAUUAGACGAGGAGCUGCUCAGUACUUUGUAGGGAAAACCGUGUAGAUUCUUGGGGGGUAUUUUUGAAAGUUAAUUCAUGUGUACUUAUACAUUCCUUAUUGUUGGGUGUUUGGCGCGAAUGACGUGCGAGUGUCGUUACCCGCUCCCAGUCACGGUAGUCUUAGCCCGAGUCUCGGCUGGUGCUUUUUUCUUUUUUUUCGAAAGUUGAUUUCUCUUCUCUUGAGCUGUGUUUGCAUGGCGGACCCGCACAGCAGAACGGAACGCAUGCAGAGAAGAAAGAAAGAAAAACAAAAGUAUGCUUGUGUGUGUGUGUGUGUGUGUGUGUGUGUGUGUGUGUGUGUGUGUGUGUGUGUGUGUGUGUGUGUGUGUGUGUGUGUGUGUGUGUGUGUGUGAGUGAAUGCCAGCGUAUUCCUACACAGGCAGCUUUCAAUCUGUAUCUAUUUUCUAUAUUUCUGCUGUUAAUUGUUUGGCUUUACAGGGCAGGGGGGAAAAAAGUCGCUUGUUUUCUUAACGGUGGGCUAUUUGUAGAUUGUGGAUUAUACGAAAACAAAAAAAAAUAAUUCUAGAGCCCAAGUGAUACUGGAUUUAUUUUUUGGGAAGGGGGCGGGAGAAUGCUGAUGCAGAUAUUUGUUUAAAAAAAAAAAAAGAAAUCAGAGCACUAUGGAGCUAAUAGCUGAUAUUUUUAUGUACAAGGUACAUACGUACUGUCAGUGAAAUGUAUUUAAAAAGUACUCACUAUGCAAAAUUGCCUGAUAUAGUGUUGUAUUUAUCGUAUGCUAGUUAUUUACGUGAGUCAUUUUAAAUGUCGUCACUUUGGAGUUCACACUACAGUAUUUAGUACAGCAAAGAGUGAAACGUUGUUUGUUAGUUAGUAAGUUAGAAAACGGACACAUUCGGGGGUUACUCCUUCGAAACGUAGAAAAAGUCUCAAACAUGACCAACUCGAUCCACUUCUCUACUUUGGAGAAUUACGUAUGAUUUACUUAUUAAUUCUUAAGUAAUUUAGAGCGAGGUGAACUUUUUCAAGAGUUCCACAGUUGAUUUAAGAUGGAAAUAUGAUUUUUACAAGAACCUGCAGUUCCACGUUGGUCCUAUAGGUGUCAGUAAUGAGUGUUUAAUUGUUUUGUUUUGGAUUUAUUUUAGCACCGUGACCAAGAUUCAGAUUUGCACAGUGUAUGCCCAGCUUUAAUAAAAGACGCUUAAGGUCAUCUGGAGGUUAUGUGGUGCAAAUUAAUAUGUCCGCGUGUUCUGACUCAAUGUACAUGAUAUUUGUAGGCAAUGUUGAUUUCCAGUGAAAUGGAAAAUAUUGGCAUCAAAAACGUGAGUUUUAAAGUUAUAAUGCCUUCCAGAAUUUCUAUAUAAACUGAUUUUCAGCGGCACGGUGGAUCAGCUGGUAAAGCGUUGGCCUCACAGUUUUGAGGACCCGGGUUCGAUCACGACCCUGCCUGUCUGGAAUUUGCAUGUUCUCCCCGUACCUGCGUGGGUUAAAUUAACUAAAGCUGAUGCCGAUACGUGUCAAAAUGUCGAAUAUCUGCGCAGAUCAUCACCCUGGCCAGGAAUUGGUUGAACCUUCCCCUUGACACAUCCUACAGCACAGAAUAAUCGCCCCGAAAAAUCUGUAGCCGACAUCCCUUUUAUCGGGCCGUUGCUGGUUUUGAUCGGAAAGGGCAAAUCGGAUACAAUUGGGUCUUAUGACAUGCACUUGUGUACCAAUCUUAAUCUGGUGACUUCAAGUCGUUAUAUUGUGUGUCACGUCACAGUGAUGUCAGUAGAUGGUCGUCAAAGUCCACACCGAAACUACGGGGAACAUAGUCGACGCUCGUAAUUCGUACUGAUGUUAUUCCAGCCCUUAACGUCUUUGUGAUUUAGAUGUAAAUGAGGGGAAUCGUCCCUGGGAAAUUAGAUGGAUCGCCUUCCGCGCUCAGAAACAUUUGUGUGUGUGCAUGUGUGUGUGUGCGUGCGUGUGCGUGCGCGUGCGUGUGUGUGGAGGGGGGUGCUCAGGCUGCUUUCAGCAUACUCUGGAAUCUUCACCAAAGACGAUGUCCAUUUCUGUGUGCCAUCGUAAAGUUGUCCGUGAUUCAUAUUUUACUUUGGUGGGAGCAUAAUCAUAAUGUCAUUAUGUUUUGACUUUACAGUAAA